AUGCAGGACAAAGGAGAAUAUAACAAGCAUUUCCAAACGCACAAUAAACCAUUUCUCUACCAAUGCAAAAACCCCGGUUGUGGGAAAAAAUUCAUCCAUCCAUCAUCAUUCUCCAUGCACAAGAAAUCCUGUCAACACGAACCUCAGAGCCCAACAGAACAAAAUCCACAAUUGGGACAUACUUUGCCAGACACACGAAGCCAUAUCAUUGCCGAUCAAUAUUCAGUAGAUCAACAAGAUCAUUCAAGUGAUGAGCAUCCUUCAGAAAACUUUAUUAACCUCGACAAGCCUGAUGAUAGCAUCUUCGAUGAUCUUAACAUCCCCGAUAAUGUUGUUGUUAACAUCGAAGAUAUUAAUCUUGAAAACUUUGACAAUGACAACCUUAGUGGUAACAUCGUCGACGAUAUCUCUCGUUUCUAA